AUGAAAUCCUAUCGGAUUCUUUACCAGAAGAUCCUGGGCUUCUUUCACCUUUUGCCACCGCCCCCGGCUGGCCAUCCCGAUAAACCCAAGCCCAGAGGGCCCGUUUUGCUGAGUACCAGCCCGGUCGCCGAGGAGAAGAAAACGCUCCCCCCAGAAGGUCCGGCCCGCCUCUCCGCCCACUCGGACUCGGACUCGGGCUGCAGAUUCAGGCCCACCAGGCUGCUCUCCCGCGAGGAGCUAGAGGCCCGGAUCGUGGAGCUCUGGAGGACGGUCUGGCUGGGCCUUUACCAGGUCCACGAUGCCCGCGGACCGCGACACUACGACCGCAUCAAGGCGCUCUGUCUCGGCGCCGGAUUCACAAGCAAGGUCUAUCCCUACGCGGGCAUCGUGGAGCUCGACCGGCGGUUCUGGCGAUGCAGCGAGAACAAGGGCAUAGCCGGAUUGAAGCUGUACGCGCAUCUGUCCGUGUCGACGCUGGAAUCGGUGGUCGAGCUUCUCGAGGCGUAUGCAUGUGAGAUCGACAGUCUGAACGAUCUGUACAAGAUCCUCCGCGAGGAGCAGGUGGAUGUCUGGUCUUCCCCGCAGGGUAGCAGUGCAUAUCGCCGGUACAUGGAUGUCGCGGAGCCGUUGGCUAAGAAUCUUUGUUGGUAUGAUGUUCGCAUGGCCGUGCUGGAUAUCGAGAUCUACGAUGAGGCGAUGGCGUUGCAUGCGGAUGAUCCUAAGCUGCAGAAGGGAUGGUACAUCUAUGACAAAGCCUUUCCUGGCUCUGGAGAGAUUCGAGGCUGUUGA